UUUAGUUUCUCAUUUGUUUUCAUUUAAUUGUCACAAUUGUUUGUUCAUUUAAUUUUAAUCCUGUGAUUAUUUUCCCUGUAAUUUUAGGUAAUUAAUUAAUCGCUAAUCAGUUGAUCAAUCAUCAUGGAAGCUCCUAAAGCUGCUGUCUCUGCUAAAUUAGCUGAAGAAAUCGCCAAAUUCAGCAGCAUCCAAAAAGAUUAUCAAAAAGUGGUUUCAACCCAUCAGCAGUUGGAUGAACAAUUAAACGAAAAUAAUAUUGUUAAACAGGAAUUAGACUUAUUGGAUGAUUCUGACAAUGUUUAUAAGCUAAUAGGACCUGCACUGAUUAAACAAGAACUCAAAGAAGCCAAAGAUAAUGUUCAAAAUAGGAUUAAAUAUAUUACAGGAGAAAUGAAAAAGCAAGAAGAACUUAUUAAGAAGUAUGAGAAACAACAACUCGAACAGAAGGAAGUGAUUGGUAAACUUCAAAAGCAAGGAUAACCUUUGGUGUUGUGUUUUCGUUUCUCUUUUUUGCUUCGAAUCUUUUUUUUUCUAUUACAUGAAUGGUGUAUAACAAGAGUUUUCAAGUUUUAAUAAUAUGAUUGAAAAUCAAUGAAAAAGAUUACAAAAUUA